AAAUAUUCCAACGUAAAAAUGUUGAAAUCUUUGGUGAUAUUCCUGGAGUAGAAAUAUAUUUUGAUGACCUUAUUAUUUCAGGGGUUGAUGAGGCAAGUCAUGAUAAAACCCUUAAAGAGGUUCUUCAUAGAGCACUCAAAAAUAAUGUAAAGUUUAAUUUAAAAAAAAUUCAGUAUAAACUGGACAAGGUUAAGUUUAUGGGACAAGAAAUUUCAAAGGACAGUAUGAAGCCAGAUAUUUCAAACAUUAAAGCUAUUGAAGCCAUCGAUUCAUUUCAGAAGUCACCUAUAAAUAAAUCGGAAGUUUUGAGAAUUUUAGGGCUUUUAAAAUUUUUUGCUAGGUUUAUACCAAAUCUUUCCCAACUAACUACAAAUAUGCGCAAUUUGACCAAAAAUAAUGUGGCAUUUGAACGGACAGAGGCACAUGAAAAAGAACUUCAAAAUCUAAAAUAUAUCAUAUCCCAAGAACCGGUUCUCAAAAUUUUUGAUCCAAAUAUUCCAAUACGUGUCCAAAGUGAUGCGUCCAGUGAAGCAUUUGGUUGUUGUUACUUCAAAAUGAUCACCCAAUUGUUUACGCUUCGAGAUGCCUUACCAAAUCCGAAAGAAAAUGGGCUCAAAUAGAAAAAGAACUGGGGUCAAUUGUGUUUGCUUGUGAAAAGCUGCAUUAUUUUAUCUAUGGAUUUCAAAUCGAAAUUCAGACAGAUCACAAGCCCCUAAUUUCAAUCUACAAUAAAGAUAUAGAGAAAGUAUCUGCGAGACUCCAACGAAUGCUGUUGAAAUUGCUCAAGUAUAAUAUAAAAAUUACAUAUUUACCUGGCAGAGAUAUGGUUAUCGCAGACACUUUGUCUAGGGCAUAUAUUAAAGAUGACGUACAAGAUGAUCCUGAAAUGGCUUAUAUUGUGCACACUUUGUCCAAUGACAUUUCUAUGUCCGAAGAAAAAAAGCAUAUCUUUAGAAAGAAAAUCGAGUUAGAUCCUAUCUUAUCAAAAGUGAAGCAAUAUUGUCAAACUUCUUGGCCUGAAAAAGACAAAAAUUUACCUUUAGAAAUGAAACAGUACUUUAAAAUUAAGAACAAUAUUUAUUUAUCAAAUAAGUUGCUAUUUUUUGAUAAUAAAAUAAUAGUUCCUGAGUCGCUUGAAUCUGACAUGCUUCAACAAAUUCAUAAGACACAUUUUGGCAUUUCAAAAUCCAAAUUGAGAGCGCAUCAACUCCUUUAUUGGCCCGGCAUAUCUAAAGAUAUUGAAGAUUAUGUUCAAAAUUGUGAAACAUGUCAGUUAAAUCAGAAGUCCGAACAAAAGGAGACGUUAAUUCCACAUGAUCCACCUUCCAGACCAUGGCAGUUUGUUCAUUCCGAUUUUUUUGAAUUCAAGGGGAAAAACUAUCUUGUAUUGGUUGACGCCUUUUCUAAUUGGAUUGAAGUAACCCCUACAAAAACAAAAACUGCUCGGGAAUUAAUACAAGUUUGCAAAAAUAAAUUUCAACAGUUCGGAAUACCUGAAAAUUUUUUUGCGGAUAAUAAUCCAUAUAAUUCCUUCGAAUUUAAGUCAUUUGCAAAAGAAUGGAAUUUUGAGUUAGGCUUUAGCAGUCCUAAUUACCAUCAAUCCAAUGGGCUGUCGGAAAGAUAUGUGGGUAUUGUUAAAAGUAUGCUCCAAAAGUAUGAAAAAGAGUCUGACCUGCCUCUUCUGGUACUGGAAUACAACAAUACUCCAAUUCCUUCUUUAAAAAAUUAUUCUCCAAGUCAAAUAUUUUUAAAUCGAACCACAAAAACCUAGAUUCCAGUUUCUGCAAAAGCAUUAAAACCCAUCUUGAUUGACAGUGAUGAAAUAAAAGAAUUAAUAUUAAAGAAACAAGAAAGUGAAAAAUGUUUUUAUGAUAAAAAUGCAAAAGAUUUACCUGGUUUAUUUGUCGAUGAGACGAUUUUAAUUCAGCUAGAAAAUGGAUGGAAGAAAGGAAAAGUAAUAGAGAAGGUUAACGAUAGAUCCUAUAUUGUAAUGCACGAAUACGGAAAAAGAUACAGAAGGAACCGAAGGUAUUUAAGACAAACAAAACUUAACUUUGAAUGCAAGGAAAAUAAUUUCAAUUUAUUGUAUGACUUUGGAUAUAAUUUUGGUAUCAACCAGUCUCAGCCACCUUCUGUUUCUUCUGUCCAAUCGCCCUCAGCUGCUGCUGUUCAACCGCCUUCUACUUCGCCUUUCGUUAGUCAAACUUCUGAACAGCAUCCAGAUACAUUUGAAUUAAAUGACUCUUCAGCUAUCCUUGAGAGAAGUGAGGAUGGUGAAGAUAUGAUAAAGAGAGUUCCUAAACAGCCUUCAUGGCAGAAAGAUUAUGUUCUGUAGUUUGUUUUAGUUUUUAGGAUUUUCUAUUAUUGACAUUAACGUAAUUUUUAUAUUUUGGAUCCGUUUUUUUUAUUUUUUUUUAAGCGAGAGCAUGUUAUGAGUAGUUUAACAAAGACACCACCUGAUGACGAGUCAGUCAGUCAGUCAGUCAGUUAGUCAGUCAAUUCAUGUUGUAAGUUCAUGAUUUAAAUAUACAGUUUUACCUAAUUAUUUAUUGUAUUAGGUACUUAGUCCGAACCCAUAUACAACAGUUUGGGAAACCCAAACGCCAAUAGGUGUCCGGAUUUUGAAAGGGUGGUUAGUUGAUUGAUGUUCUAGAAUUCGACAUUUACCAACAUUACAAAAGUUUGCAAAUUAGCCGGAGUCACCAAACUUCUCAACUCAUAUGAAAAGUGAAAAAAAGAUAAAAAUUCUGGAUAAGUUAUUAAAUACAAGAUGUAAACUCUUACUUAACAACUGCCAACAAGAAAUCGUUGAGCGUUUUCUGCUGGUUCAUAUUUAAAUACAAAUGCGCGUAAUGUAAAGCGAUACCGCCCCAGACGAGAUAGCUGGACGCGAUUUCUUCGUCUUCUUCGUAGAAGGAAGCUCCUGUAUUCCGUCUCCAUAAUUCUAGAACGGCCACUAGUUCGCCGUUUGGUUGCAUUAUCGGUUGACACUGCACAUGAGCCAUUUCACCCUGAAACAAUAGAGAAUAAACGAAAACCAGGCCCUGUCAUUGUCAUUGAUUAAAUGCCAUGAUAUAUUCUCGAAUUAGGUAUAUUAUUUAAUCGCGAUGAAAUAUAAAGGAUGCAAUCCGCUAAAAUGUCUCUGUGGAUGUUUUACUACACCCCAGAGAGUAAUGUUGGCCCUAAUACUUCAUUUGGCAUUGCAAAACAGUUACAAUUUACGAACAGUGAUGAAUGUAGCCAUUGUGGAAAUGGUUGAACCCGCGAAUAAUACUGACCAAAAAAUCGAAUGUCCGCAGUACGAGUACGUUGAAAAGAAAAGAGAGGGUGGUCAAUAUCCCUGGCCAAGAGCUGCCGAAGCGCGGAUAUUAUAUGCAUUUUUUGGCGGAUAUUUCGUCAGUCACUUGCCCACUGGGUAUUUAGCUGACACGUACGGGGCGCGACAUGUUUUAGGCAUCAGUAUGAUUCUGGGAUGUGCUUCAUCAUUUAUUAUUCCAAUAUGCAUACAAAAAGGGGGAGAAUGGGCUGCGAUAAGCUUAAGGUUCUUUUUAGGCGUUACUCAGGGUGGUAUCUUACCAUGUAUAUCUUCUUUGGUGAGCCAUUGGAUACCAGAAAAAGAACGACCUUUUCUUGGUUCUCUGGCAUACUCUGGGAGUACUCUGGGACCGAUUCUCACCUACGCUUUAACCGGAGUGAUAAUUGAGCAAACCAACAAUUGGACGAUGCCAUUUUACGUAUGGUCGAGCGUUACUGUUUUCUACUUGAUAUUCCAUUACUUGAAUUUGUUUUCUUAUCCGCAAACUCAUCCAUUUAUAACGGAAGAAGAACUUAAUUAUCUCGAUGAAGCCAUUGUUGUGAAGAAACGUAAGAAGAUUCCCUGGAAAGGAAUUUUAUUGAACGUUCCAUUUUGGGCGAAUGUCGCAGGUCAUUCCGGUCACAAUUACCUAUUUUACAGCCUGGUAACAUUUAUGCCGGUGUACAUGAGAGAAAUUUUACGAUUCAACAUAGAAAUAAACGGUUUAGUCAGUGCUCUACCAUUCGUUGGACUUUGGUCAGGUUGUUUGGGAAUUGGAGCACUUGCCAACUAUGUCAUCAACAAAGGCUUGAUAACCAGAUACAAUUUUGGUAGAAUUUUCGGAACAAUGGGCCAGUGGGGUUGUUCUCUAGUAGCCCUUGGUGCUGUGUACAUCGGCUGUCACAGAGUAGCUGUAGUGUCGAUGUUCGUUCUUGCAAUGUUUAUUAAAUCAUUGUAUUACAUGACGAUGACCAACAAUAUCAACGAACUGUCGUUGAACUAUGGCGGUAUUAUGUUUGCCAUUAAUAAUGGAUUGAAUAGUUUGACUGGUGUUGCUGGUGGAGAAAUUAUUGGGGCGAUUACAAAACAUAAAUCUUUAGCUGAAUGGAGAAUAGUACUUUGGAUAUCAGUCGGCUACGCCGUUGCUACUUCAAUAAUAUACAUACUAUGGAGUUCAGCUGAUAGACAAAAAUUUGAUUUUGAUGAAGAAGAGUUAGCAGCACAACAAGCAGCUGCUGCGUAAAUUUGUAUAUCAUUUUAAAUACAUACACAAAUAUAGUUAUUUUGGAUACAUCGUCAACUUCUUACAUUGUCUAAAAUUUCCGCUGGAAAUCUAGAAUCGUUUUGUCCUCUGCUUAAUCGCACAGGUUCCAUAGUUUCUGCGACAUAAAUUGGAAUACUGAUUCCAUUCUGGAUUUUUUGCAACUUCAAGUCACCAUUUUCAUUAUGAGAACCGAGCACCAGGAAAAGCUGGAGGUCGUCUGGAUGAGAGGAACUCUCUACAGUGUAGAGUCUGGAACAUAAUGAUUUACAGACACCUAUUUAUUUUCCAUUUUUAAAUUCAUACCUGAAUCCAUCUGCACUUACUGCUGAAGAUAUGCAAUUCGAUAAUUCCCAUAGAACGUGAUCUUUGGUAGGUUUUAAUUGAAGACUAUGAGUGAGCUCUUGCAACAUUUGACGUUUAUCCGCAUGCACGCAGAAUUUCCAUCUGAAAAUCAAAAUAAUUAAAUCUUUAUAGUUAGUGCAGCCAAAUGAUUUUGAAGCAACAUUUAAUUUAUUUUCUAAAACUAAGCUGGUGGAGGCAAAUAAGCUUUGGAAAUGGAAAAAUCAGAUUGCAUAAAAUAAAGACUUCAACUUUGUAUGCCAUCUCUAGAUAUCUAUCUACUCCAACAAAGUUUUAUUAAAAAGUUUCUUUGUAGUUGGUGAAUAGAAUUU